AUGACAUCCCGAUACCUCAUAAUGCGCGGCAUUAAGAUACGGUACUUUCGGAUGUUCGUCAUUUGUCUGGUGCUCGCCAUCAUCCCGGUAAUAAUUCUGGCCAGUUGCCAUCUAAUACCCCGAGAUCCGGCGGCCGUAGCGCAACUCUUUACGAAAAGCUACCCCGAUUAUCCGGUCCAGCAGUGGCUACAGGAAGAACGCCUCGACGGCUACCCUUCUGUUUAUUACGUUGGCGUGUAUCUGCUGCUGGCUUGCGCGACGAUCCCGAACUGGCCGAGCGUGACGUGCAUGCUGUAUUCGCGACAGAAAAUUCUGAAGUUAUUGGCCCAAGAAGACCUCGCGGAAGUGACGAGGGAUGGGCUCAGGAUGCUCAUUAAGGAAUUACUCGCCCCCUACAUUCCCUCCUGCGCCAACAAAGUGCAAGAAGUGCAGAAAGAUCCGGCUACGGUAUCAGAAUACGUACGCCCGAAAAGUUUGGCCGAAAUGAAGAAGCGGGUUGCUGAAGCUUCCGGC